UGUUCUAAUGAAAUCUGGUCUUGUGUACCAGUAAAUAGAUUUAGGCUUGCCAACAAGUAUAAUCGAGCAAUGAAUGCAUUCAAAAAGGCAUCCAAAGGACAAGAAAUGCUUGGUCCUAGGCCUUGGAAUGCAGUGAAACUCAUGGAGUUUGCAAGAGAUAUGGCAAAGGAAGUGCCCGAAUGGAAUGAAGUAGUUGAGUGUUAUAAACGUGCAGCCGAGUUGUAUGUUGAGACACGAAGGUCCCAGCUUGCAUCCGAUACUCUUGCAAAGGGUGCCCGAGAUGAGAAUGAACAGAUGACCUUUGAUCUGUAUCGUGCUGGUGUAGGCGUUUAUGUGAAGCUUGAGAAGUAA